AUGAGUAAUAGCCGGAGGGGAUUGUUUGGCAAAGUUAAGAAUUGGUCUAAGGCGAACGGACAUACUAAUGUAGAGCAAGAUGGAAAACCAUCACCCUGCGAAGAAUUCUAUAAUAAGCAUCAAAAAGUCAUUCGCAUCAACUUUUAUCUAUUACUAAUUGGCGCAUUUUUUGCCUUCCUUAUCGCUGGAUUAAUCCUGAAUUUUCCGAAAACGUUGCCAUUACUUAUUAUUACGGUAACCGUAAUUGGUUAUCUGAUAUACGCGUAUAUCCGCGAUAACUAUGGUGGUGCGAUUUACAAUGCCGUCUUUAAACCUAUCUUGAAUUUUGUAGACGAGAAGUGGUGGAUAUUGAAAUGGUUGGUAUAUUUGGGCAUUCUCGCCUUUCUGGUGUUUUGGCUGAUAUUCGAUACAGGACGUCAACCUGAGCGCCUGAUUUCCUUUGCCGGUCUUGUUAUGUAUGUUUUACUUUGCUACAUCUUUUCCAAAAAUCGACAAAAGGUUUACUGGCGUCAAGUAUUGUGGGGUAUUGGAUUGCAAUUUAUUCUUGGCAUCUUAAUCCUUCGUACGCAUGCUGGGUACACAGUUUUCAAUUUUAUUGGUAGUCAGGUUGAAGCGUUUCUUUCAUAUACAUUUGCUGGUGCUGCAUUCGUUUUUGGCGAGAAGACAUUUACAAACCACUACUUCGCUUUCGCUGUUCUUCCGAUUGUGGUUUUCUUUAGCGCCACCAUCGCUGUUCUAUAUUAUCUCGGUGUCAUGAAAUGGAUUAUUACAAGGAUAGCUUGGCUUAUGCAAAUAACGAUGAAGACUUCAGCAACAGAAUCACUAAACGCUGCUGGAAAUAUCUUUAUAGGACAAACGGAGGCGCCAUUGCUGAUCCGACCUUUCAUACAAUAUAUGACAGUCUCAGAACUUCACGCUGUUAUGACUGGCGGUAUGGCAACUAUUGCGGGGAGUGUAUUGGGUGCCUUUAUUGCCUUUGGUGUUCCAGCCGCUCAUUUAUUAACUGCAUCGGUGAUGUCGGCACCAGCUGCUUUAGCAAUUUCAAAAUUAAUGUAUCCUGAGUUAGAGAAAGACAUCGAGAACCUAGAUGGAGAUUUAGAUAUUAAUAUUGCCGAUAGCACUGAAGGAAACAUAAUUGAAGCGGCUUCUGGUGGUGCAUCUGCUUCUAUUCCUCUUGUUGCAAACAUCGCUGCAAAUAUAAUAGCAUUUUUGUCUGCUCUUAAAUUCUUGAAUGCUGUAUUAGGGUGGCUCGGUGCUAUGGUUAAUUAUCCUCAAUUAAGCUUUGAAAUUAUUUGCUCCUACGUCUUUAUGCCUUUUGCUUUCAUGAUGGGCGUAGAAUGGAAAGACGCUCAUCGUGUGGCGGAGCUGAUUGGAAUGAAGACAUUCCUAAACGAAUUUAUUGCUUAUGAUGCUUUAUCUAAGCUGAUUAAGAACAGGCUGCAAUGUGAAGGUCCUUAUAUGAGUCUUCGAUCGGAAGUGAUUGCUACUUAUGCCUGUUGCGGAUUUUCCAAUAUUGGCUCAAUUGGAAUCUUAUUGGGAGGCUUAACUCCCAUGGCACCCAACAGACGUGGGGAUCUUGCUCGUAUUGCGGUUAGAGCCCUUAUUUCGGCAACCAUCGCCUGCUUUAUGACUGCUUGUUUGGCAGGUAAGAACUUCAGUUGUUGA